AUGAUCCUUUUUCACAACUGUCAGUCAGUAAUCAAGUUCAAGAAGUUGUUGACCGCGCAAACAGUGGAUCUGACGAUUUCGUACAUCACUUCACCUCAAAUUCGAGAACUCAACCGUGUUUACAGAAACAUCGAUUCUCCCACGGAUAUUCUUUCCUUUCCCACACACACAUUCAUAACCAACCCUGGGUACCUUCCUUCUGAGAAGAAUACAAUUCGCUCGCUAGGCGAUAUUUACAUUGCUACAGAUUAUGUCGAUCUUUAUUGCAAGGAGAACAAAAUUGAUCGAUUCGAACACUUCAAUGUCCUCUAUGCUCACGGAAUCUCUCAUUUACUCGGAUUCGAUCACGUAAAAGACGAAGACUACAUCAAAAUGUCCGCUUUCGAAAAGAAACUCUUGAAAGAAUACCCCAAGUACAUGUCAAAGUAUGAUCCUCUAGACCAAGGACUGUAUGAAUCCUGGAACUGGGACAAAGAAUGUCCUGUAUCGACUGUUUUUUGA